GGCGGAGCGAUGCUUUGGGCGCGCGUCUGAAACAAAACUCCGAGUAAAAAAAAAAAAAGUUUAUUUACGGAACAUUUCUUUUCUCCGGAGCCGCGAUGGGAUCCAGGACACUGAGCGGUGCACACAGGUUUAGUGACGCGCUCUGGUCCGUGAGAGACAAAAACAACUGUCCGUGUCAAUACGAGGAGGACAUACAGAUUACAAACGUGAACGGAGAAGAAAUCCCUCUGAUAAACCUGAUCACCAAUAACCAGCACGUCUACGUCUGCGACAGAACGAUUCCCAAAACUGACUGUAAAUCCGAGCCACAGGAAACGGCAGAAACGUCAAACUGCUCAGAGAACGGUGUCAAUGAUGAGGAUGAUGAGGAGGCUGAAGUUGGACGGGACGUGAGUUUUCUGAAAUCUGACCCAGGACCAGAGCCGCUCAGUGUGAACCAGGCCAGACAGCUGCUCUCCUUCUACGUCCUGGCUCAGAACCCCGGUGUGGCGUUGGCGUUGGCGGGCGAUCGUUCCCUGGCGCCGCUCUGGAUUCGCUGUGACUCGCGUGACCCCGCGGGCACCGCUUGGCUCGGGGCCGAGGCGAUCGGGACGGGGAGCAAAGUCACAGGAGCCAAACUUUACUCUGUCACCUGCAAAGGCGCUGCAGCGGACAAAUCUCUGAUGACGUUAGACGAAGUGAAACAGGAGCACAGGAAGAAGCACCACCCCACUUCAAUGACGCUCAAAGGCUCUGCCACAUAUAACCUGUUUGGCUCCACGGUUGUUGAAAACACGAUCAUCGAGUCUCAGAGCAGCGUCACGGUCGACUUCAGGUGGACCGACGUGGGGAGAGUCCUGGAAACGCCGCCCUCCUCCUCCACGGCCACACUGAACAUCAAAGUUUCCAGUGGAGACAUGAGGAGCCCCAUGUUUGAGAUGUUCAGGGAGCUGGAGUUUCUUCAGAGUCUUGCAGACGGUUUAAGGACUGGAGAGAUCGAGUGGCUGGAGCCUCGAGAAACGACGUCUGCAGUCGACAUGACCAAGUCCUACCUGGAAGAGCUUCAGAAUUCAGCAAAAACCCAAGACCAGAGCGUGAAACCGGCACAGGCUGCAGAUGGUCCGUGUGAGGGAGACACUCCGACCUUCACGUCUCUGCUGCAGAGAGGAGACCUGGACUUCAUCGAGCAGCUCUGGGUCCGACUCAGUAAGAGCGUGACGUCGUAUCAGGACAUUGGAGACAGUUUGAAACUCGUCAUCGACGGUUUAAGAUACGGAGAACUCAAACCCUGGACCCACAGGGACAGCAGCAGUUCCCUCAGUAAACUGAUCGUUCAGUCGUACCAGCAGCAGGUGGAGCCUGUGCUUCUGUCUGGACUCACCCCGGUCCAGAUGCUGCUGGAGAUGGGCCUGGACAAGAUGAGGAGGGACUACAUCAACUACCUCAUCGGUGAAGAAUUAACGACCUUAAAUCAUUUGCAUUAUUACCUGAGCUCGGAGGUGGAUUUACAGGAGCAGGUGGUGAGGCUGAGGAAACUGCACCACCUGCUGGAGAUCCUGGGGACCUGCACGUCGUUCCUGGGGCUGCCGUAUCAUCGCCUCUUCCUCCUGACGCAAUCGUGUCUGCAGCAUUACAAAACAAACCCCUACGACGAAAACCACGUCUUCAAACUGCCCCUGCAGCCCUCGCUCCUCACACACUUCUACCACAAGGAGCGCCCGGUGCUGUGGGGGGUGGAGGUCUCCAGUGGACACGGACCUCGUGAGGUCAGAACUUUCCUGCAGCUGAGCGAGCGGCCGCUGGUGGAGCACGUCGUCUUUGACUCAGAUUAUGGAAGUGACUCGGUGAACGGAGACUCUGACGACUCGACCUUUUUCUCCACUUUGGUUUGUUGUAGUCUGGUCACUUUUGCAUAAACUCUUAUUUAAACAGACACAUGUGAAUAAAUGUAAAAUAUAAAUUUAAAUAUGAUCAGUGUAAAAUAAAGCAGCAGAUCAAACUUCA